AUGCCCGUCGCCCUCCCUAGCGCGCGUCGCACUCCCUUCCGACGUCGCCCUUCCUUCCGCCCGUCGCACUCCCUAGCGCUCGUCGCAUCCCCUUCUGCCCGUCGCCCUCCCUUCCGCCCCCCAACACCUCUCAUUGUCCUCCCGACCGCCCGCCGCCCUACCUUCCCCUCGUCGCGCUCCCUUCCGCCCGUUGCCCCCCUUUGUCUCGUCGCGCUCCCUGCUGCUCGCCGCCCUCCCUCCCGCUCGUCCCCUCUCAAUCCCCGUAUCUCUCUCCCCUCGUCGCCCUGGCAUCCCCGUUACUGUCGUCAUCCCUCCCUUCUCCCUUCCCAACUCCCACACUUGUCACGCCCCCUUUCCAACCUGCACACACCCUUCCUUUCCCUUUCCCUGCUUUCCCAUGUUCCUUUCCCUGCUUCCCCCAUCCCCUUCCCUGCUUCCCCCCAUCCCCUUCCCUACUUCCCCAUGUCCCCUUCCCUGCUUCCCCCCAUCCCCUUCCCUGCUACCCCCCAUACCCUUCCCUACUUCCCCAUGUCCCUUUCCCUGCUUCCCCCCAUCCCCUACCCUUUUUCUCCCCAUCCCUUUCCCUGCUUCCCCCCAUCCCCUUCUUUGCUCCCCACCAUCCCCUUCCCUGCUUCCCCCCAUCCCCUUCCCUGCUUCCCCCCAUCCCCUUCCCUACUUCCCCAUGUCCCCUUCCUUACUUCCCCCCAUCCCCUUCCCUACUUCCCCAUGUCCCCUUCCCUGCUUCCCACCAUCCCCUUCCCUGCUUCCCCCCAUCCCAUUCCCUGCUUUCCCCCAUCCCCUUCCCUGCUUCCCCCCAUCCCAUUCCCUGCUUCCCCCCAUCCCCUUCCCUGCUUCCCCCCAUCCCCUACCCUGCUUCCCCCCAUCCCCUUCCCUGCUUCCCCCCAUCCCAUUCCCUGCUUCCCCCCGUCCCCUUCCCUGCUUUCCCAUGUCCCCUUCCCUGCUUCCCCCCAUCCCCUUCCCUGCAUCCCCCCAUCCCAUUCCCUGCUUCCCCCCGUCCCCUUCCCUGCUUUCCCAUGUUCCCUUCCCUGCUUCCCCCCAUCCCAUUCCCUGCUUCCCCCCAUCCCCUUCCCUGCUUCCCCCCAUCCCCUUCCCUGCUUCCCCCCAUCCCCUUCCCUGCUUCCCCCCAUCCCCUUCCCUGCUUCCCCCCGUCCCCUUCCCUGCUUUCCCAUGUCCCCUUCCCUGCUUCCCCCCAUCCCCUUCCCUGCUUCCCCCCAUCCCAUUCCCUGCUUCCCCCCGUCCCCUUCCCUGCUUUCCCAUGUUCCCUUCCCUGCUUCCCCCCAUCCCAUUCCCUGCUUCCCCCCAUCCCAUUCCCUGCUUCCCCCCAUCCCCUUCCCUGCUUCCCCCCAUCCCCUUCCCUGCUUCCCCCCAUCCCCUUCCUUGCUUCCCCCCAUCCCAUUCCCUACUUCCCCCCGUCCCCUUCCCUGCUUUCCCAUGUCCCCUUCCCUGCUUCCCCCCAUCCCCUUCCCUGCUUCCCACCAUCCCCUUCCCUGCUUCCCCCCAUCCCCUUCCCUACUUCCCCAUGUCCCCUUCCCUUCUCAAGCCUUCCCUUCCCGAUCAACUCCUUUUCAUGCCCUCCCCUUCCCCCUCACUCCUCACCUUCUGCCCUCUACUUCCCAUGCAUGUGCACCCAUCUCUAUUUCCCCAUUCAUGCUUUCAUCAUGUGCGCUUGCUUGUAUUCCCCUGCCAUUGUUCCGUUGCACCUCACACCACCUCCCCCAUGUUUCUUCAUGCAAUUCUUUCUUUCUUUCUCCCCUCUCUCUGUGGUGA